AUGCGAAGAAACGGAGAAGUCGCGUUCCAGGAGUCUGAAAACUCAAGCGAAGAGGAUGUCGAGGAGGUUACGGAUGAGUCUGAUUCUGGAGACGAUGUGGCUCCGAGUUCCCCGCAGAAAGGGAAAGGAAGGGCGAAAGAAGACAGCUCAAUAAUAGUCCAAACCGCAUUCGACGCGUAUUUCACGUACAACAAGCCAGGGCGCGUCCAAACUUCGUCCAAUGUCUUCUCACAACUCGUUCUUCCUCUCAGCGCAGAGGAGUAUCGAGAUGCGAUCGAUUCUACACUGAAGAAGCCCCGAACUCUCCAACCGAGUCUGUUGAAAGAGGGACACAGGGGCUACCUAUUCUCCAGGUUUACUUGUGAACUAGAAGAAGGGUUCAACAUCCUCUGCUAUGGGUUGGGGUCCAAGCGACGCGUCCUCAAUCAGUUCGCUACGGAUGUUUGCUCGAAACGGGGUCAUGUCGUCGUCGUCAAUGGUUUUCAACCAGAUCUCAACGUGAAGGACGUUCUCAACUCGGUCGAGAGCAUCCCCGACAUUCAGGACCUCGAGCUUUCUUCGACGAACAUCGAUAGACAGGCACGUAGGAUCCACGACUUUUUCGCCUCUCACAAGACGCACCUCUAUCUAAUUAUUCACAACAUUGACGGCGCCCCUCUACGAGCGACGAAAACACAGUCAAUACUCGCUCUUCUCGGCCAGAACCCUCGAAUACACAUUAUCGCUUCUGUGGACCAUAUCAACGCUCCACUCCUUUGGUCUUCCUCCGAAACUUCUUCGAGGAAGCCGGGUGAAAUCGCCCCAUGCUCCAUCCCCUCCCGCGGGUUCUCAUGGCUAUGGCACGACCUCACCACGCUCGCGCCCUAUGACUUUGAGCUUGCCUUCGCCGACCGCUCGUCGCUGUCUGGCGCACACACCGGCGGAGCACGCAAGAAGACCGACACGCUCGCGGCGCAGAAUGCCACCGCGAUGAGCGAGACCGCCGCAUCACACAUCCUUGCCUCCGUCACGCAGAAGGCCAAGAAGCUCUUCGCACUCCUAGGAAAGCGGCAGCUUCAGGCGAUCGAGGGUGCGGACGACGGGUCGGCGGGGAACUUGCAGCAGUUUGGGAUGGGAUAUGAUGUGCUAUUCGCCAGUGCGAGGGAUGGAUUUAUAGCAACCAACGAGACUGCUCUUCGGGCGCUACUGGGAGAGUUCAGGGACCAUAACCUGAUCCUCUCUGGCCCGGCCGCGAGUGGAGGAGGCGAGCUACUCUGGAUCCCGAUGCGAAAGGAGAGGCUGGCGAACGUCCUGCGUUCACUGGAUGCUCAAUAA